AUUUGUGCAUUAUUGAGAAGAAAUAUUUAAAUAAAAAAAUAUUUUUUUCUAUUUUUAAAACAACAACUACAGUUAAUACAAAAUGAGCAAAUUUGCGUGGGUGACGCUGACAACGAAUGACACGUACUCGCUGGGUGCUUUGGUGUUGGCACAUUCGCUGCGCCGCACCGGUACCGCUCAUCAGUUGGCCGUCUUGGUGACGCCUGCCGUGUCAGAGGCAAUGCGCCAGCGCCUACAGGAUGUAUACAAUGUUGUGCAGGAGGUGAAUGUUUUGGACUCACAAGAUGCCGCCAAUUUAGCGCUGCUCGCACGUCCCGAAUUGGGUGUCACAUUCACAAAGUUGCACUGCUGGCGUUUGGUGCAAUUCGAAAAAUGCGUUUUCCUCGAUGCCGAUACACUGGUGCUGCAAAACAGCGAUGAGCUGUUCGAGCGCGAGGAACUGUCGGCCGCGCCAGAUGUUAGCUGGCCCGACUGCUUCAACUCGGGUGUGUUCGUGUAUCGUCCCAGCCUGGAGACAUUCGGCAAAAUCACAGAAUUCGCUGUGCAAAAUGGCAGUUUCGAUGGCGGCGAUCAGGGCUUAUUGAAUUUGUACUUUGGCGAUUGGGCGCACAGUGAUAUUAAGAAGCAUUUGCCAUUCAUCUACAAUGUGGCCGCAUUCGCUUCCUACUGCUAUUUGCCCGCAUUCAAACAGUUCAGAGAUAAGAUUAAGAUUUUGCAUUUUGCGGGCAAAUUGAAGCCAUGGCUUAUACAAUUCAAUUCCGAGAAUCGCACUGCACUCACGCCCACAGAAUAUGCGCAUGCCGCCGAUUUGAUACAGCUCUGGUGGAGUAUCUUCUGUGAUAAUGUUCAUCAGAACUUGUCCGAUAAUAUGUGUGGCGCUAUUGAGCAUUAUUACUAUCAUUAUCAACAACAACAACCAGCAAAACAACAACAAUACGAUCACUACCAUCAUCACUACGAAUAUGAGCAUCAUCACCAUCACCAAGAACACCAUCAUCACCAAGAACACGAGCAUUCGCCACCAUCACCGCCUCGUUCUUAUGAAUUCGGUAAGAUCAAAGCGUUUCGUGAUCCUUGGGAAGAUUACUAUGAGAACUUAGCCAGAGAUCAUAGUGACAGUGAGCAAAAUAAUGAAGCAAAUACGCAAAGUGAGCAAUCACAACAAAACCAUGACGAGCAAGAGUGGCAGCGAUCAGCACCAGAGCCAGCACCCACGCCUGAAUGGCAAAGCAGCGAUGUAGAACAGCAGCAUAGUGAUGAGGGACUGAGAGUUGAGUGGCCACAGGAAUACAAUGAGGCUCAUUAUGACCAACAAGAGGCUUGGGUUGAAGACACACAACCACAGCAACAACAAGAACAACAAGACUAUCACCAUGAACAACAAGAAAAGCCAAUAGAACAAUUUAACAGCCAUGGAUCUCAUGAAUUCCAUAUGCAAUAUGAGUGCCCAGCACCAAGUACAAAUUCUUCAACUAGCAAUUUCGAUGCCAAUGAGAAUGUUGAAAUGCCAGCAGAGAAUCAAAAGAAAAAAAAUUAUGAAGCUGAAGUUCAUAAUGAGAAUACUGCCAAAAAACCAAAAGACUUAACAUCUGUAACGCCAUCAAGGAAUACAGAUGCUACAGCGAAUAUAAAUACCGUUAGCGGUAGUAGUAGUACAGAUAAGCAAGCAUGCCGUAGUGAGGAAGACAAUGAAACUGAAAGAGAAAACAAAAACAAAGACAAAAAUGAAAAUAAAAACGAUGAGGCUGGUUUGGCUGGCGCUCUAUCACAAUUGCGCCUCGGCGAGCAACGCACUCCCGAACAGGAAGCCUACGAACAGCUAAUGCGUCGUCAAUGCUGGGAGGCCGGACAAAUCGAUUAUGCGGGCAAAGAUUCCUUUGACAAUAUUUGGAAAAAAAUAACGCAAACAUUGGAAUCGAAGCCGAGCGCAUCGCCGCCAAAGGAGGAGGACAAGUCUGCUAUACAACAUUUUGAAAAUCCAAUGCCUCCUAACAAUUUUAUCCCUUUAAACAUAGGUGGCGGUCAUGCGCCCACAGAGGAGACCGAAUCGGAACGCUUAGAACGCAUUAAUCGCUUAUUAAAAGCAAGCGCUGCCGCUUUAGAAGAGCAAAACGCAGAAAAAACUACAGCCCGCCCAUUGUUGGCGGUGUCGGCGAGUACUAACACGGCUUCAGUGGCACGCAGUAGAUCGCCAGCUACUAACAACAACAAUAACAUUAGUAGUAAUAACAAUAACAAUACUAACGUGCAAAGGGCGCUGAAGAGAACGGCAUCACCAAGACCGGUACAGAGACAAAUACAGCAGCCGUCGCAGUUACCACAGCAACAACCACAGCAACAGAAACCACAACCACAACCACAACAACAAACCUUAACGAGACACACCUUCCUAGAGCAACAAGGAAUAAUAGUACAGAAAGAGGUCACACAACCCAACAACCAACAAAGUCCCAAACUAACAAAACAGCCCUUACAACCACCCAUACAGACACAACCAUCGUUGCAGACACAACAACAGCAACAGCAACCGGUACAACAACAACCACGCAGACAAAUGCCACAACAACAACCGAACACACAGCAGCCACAACGUCCAUUGCGACAAUCUCAGUUGCAACAACAACAACAGCAGCAGCAACAACAACAACCACAUACUUCACUUCAGUCGCAAGCUCCAUCCGUACCCGCCAGGCAUAUUUCCACCAAAUCGAACCGUAAAUCCAAAUAACAAUUACUCAAAUUGGUGACGCGCUACGGUUGCCUGCUGCCCGCUUGCAUUCUUGAAGAGCUGGCGGGCGUGCGGCUGCCGCAUCCAGUACAUGUAUGAGUAAAAAAGAAGAGUCCCUUUGAAUUACCGAAUUCAUAGUUGUUUUUGGAAAUUUUUUUACCCCAAAAAAAAAAUAAAAAAUCUAUAUACAAACUGGGCAAGACUUACAGGGCAAUUCUGGCUAAGAUAUUUGAAAGUUUUUGUAGGCAAUUGAAAGACAGUUGGCAAUAUCGGUUGAAAGGUUUUCUUUAUUCUGGCAUGAAAGUAAUGUAAGAAAAAGCUCCCUUGUCAACUCUGAAGGCGGAUUUCAUUUUCUUUAA